ACCAGGCACCAGCUACGCCUUGUCGCUGAACAGUGAACAGUGUACACUGCAAUCACUACAUUAUAUAAUAUAUAGUAAUUAAUAGUAUAGUCAAUAGUUAUUACUUUUUAGUUAUUAGUGUUAUUACAUAUCGUUGUGGCGUUGUAUCUAUUUUAAAAAUGUACUUCUCUACUUAUCUUUCGUCAUUGCCAUCCGUCGUUAGUCAUUACUUAUUUAUGUCGAUAUUUCAAUUUCACUACUAUACUUCAUAAUGUUUAAAUCAGUAUGGAAAUGAAACGUUGUCUACUUAGUUGGUUUAUGUUAGGUAAACCUACAUUGCUUGUCACUUGUAAUUAAAUAUUUUAAUAUAGAUAGGUAUCAAAUACGUGUUAUUGUUAUGACUGGUUAUUUUCCACGUCUUAAGUCAAAAUGAAACGAAAUCUUAAAAGCAUACUUAAGUAUUUAUUUUUUGUUGUGAUCACUGCACUCGUGACAACUGUAAUUUUUAAAUUUUCUACUCAAUUUAAUCGAUAUGAAAAUAAUAAAUCUACGCAUGAGAAAAUGGAUAUUGCCAACAAGCAGUUGAAUACAAAUAAAAAUCAUAAUAAUAAAAUUGACUGGCAUGAUUGGGAAUUUAUUAAUAGAGAGAGACAGCGAAUCGGAAUUGGUGAACAAGGAAUUAGUGCUACAUUGUCAUCAUUCAAUCAGCAUAAAUAUGAUGAAUUGUAUAAAGUAAAUGGAUUUAACGCCCUGUUAAGUGACAGUAUAUCUGUUAAUCGCUCAAUACCAGAUAUACGGCACAAAUUGUGUCGUUUUAUAAAAUACAGUAGUAAAUUACCUACAAUUAGUGUAGUUGUUCCUUUUCACAAUGAACAUUUCUCAACACUUCUUAGAACUGUGUAUAGUGUCUUAAACCGUUCCCCUAAAAGUUUACUUAAAGAAAUAAUUUUAGUGGAUGAUUCAAGUACUAAAGCUAGUUUAAAGAGACCAUUAGAUAAUUUUGUGUCAAACAAUUUAGCUGAUACCGUUAAAGUCAUACACUUGAAAAAAAGACAAGGUUUAAUUAGAGCUCGUUUAGCUGGAGCUAGAAAAGCUAUCGGUGAAAUUUUAAUAUUUUUAGAUUCACAUACUGAAGCAAAUGUUAACUGGUUACCUCCCCUUUUAGAACCUAUUACUGAAGAUUAUCGAACAUGUGUGUGUCCAUUAAUUGAUGUUAUUGCUUUUGAAACCUUUGAAUAUCGAGCACAAGAUGAAGGUGCUAGAGGUGCUUUUGAUUGGGAAUUUUUUUAUAAAAGAUUGCCACUUUUGCCUGAAGAUUUAUUGUAUCCUACCAAACCAUUUCGGAGCCCUGUAAUGGCAGGCGGUUUAUUUGCUAUAUCAGCUAAAUGGUUUUGGGAACUUGGAGGUUAUGAUCCAGGUCUCGAUAUAUGGGGUGGAGAACAAUAUGAAUUAUCAUUUAAAAUAUGGCAAUGUGGUGGUACUAUUUUAGAUGCACCUUGUUCAAGGGUAGGCCAUAUCUAUAGAAAGUUUGCACCAUUUCCUAAUCCUGGCAUUGGUGAUUUUGUUGGAAAGAAUUAUCGUCGUGUAGCAGAAGUAUGGAUGGAUGAGUAUGCUGAAUAUUUGUAUCUGCGUAGACCCCAUUACAGGAAUAUCAAUACAGGAGAUAUAACUAAACAGAAAAAAAUAAGGGAAAAGCUUCAAUGUAAACCAUUUAAAUGGUUCAUGCAUGAAGUAGCAUUUGAUUUAGUCAAAAAAUAUCCUCCUAUUGAACCACCAGAUGUGUUUAAAGGAAAGAUAAGAACUUUUACUGCUCCAGAACUAUGUUUAGAUGCUACAUCUGAAAAUUUGCUCAAUUUAAAAGAAUGUAUUGAAAAAGAUGAUGAAAAUCAAAAAUUUAUAUUGAGUUGGCGGAAUGAUAUUAAAACAAGAAAUAAUAUGUGUUUGGAUAUAAGUGAUUCAUCAUUCAAAGCAAAAAUCAGCUUAUAUGGAUGCCAUAAUGGUGGAGGAAACCAACUAUGGCAUUAUGAUCAUGGUAAAAUGAAACUUGUUCAGGGAAAAAAUCCUAGAUGUAUGGAACAUGACAUUAGCACUAGAAAAGUUUAUGUUACUCAAUGCAAACAGAACAUAGAUGAUCAAAAAUGGAUAAUAGAAAAUUUCAACUCCAAAUCAACUAACUGGUCAUUAUCAUAUUAAGAAACAAAUAUUAUUUUAAAAUUUAAGUAACAAAUUAUUCGAACAAAUUAUUUAA